CAAGUCCCCGGCGAGUCUCUGCCUCCAUCACUUUUCCUGCAGCAAGGAGCCGUAAACUGGUGGAUGCUGAAUUUCCACCUUUAAUGCUUAUCUCCUGCUUGAUGAUAUGCCCCUCAGAAAGAUGUUCUCUUUCCUCAAGCAUGCCAAGAUCUGUGCAACUUUGAGCUUCUACAUUUGGGUAUCUCACCUUGGCCAUGCAUUUUUCUUCUUGUUCCUAGAUUACCAAUAUAAAAGAUGUGGCUUAGGUUGUCUCAUUUUUAUAGAAAAAUCUGCUUUACAAAACGCACUAUUGUCCUGCAAAGAUUGCAACAUUUUGUUUCAGAGAACAAAUUCUCCGGGGCAGCGAGGCCAAGUAGAAUGAGGUUCGUGGAGAUUUCAUUUUAUUCAACAGCGCAAAGGGUAGUAACUGAUGGCGAUGAUAAGAGGGGGAGAGGAAAGGGGACACUAGCUAUGGACUUAGCUUCUUUGGUUGAAGAAUCUUCCAUCAUUGAGGAGAGAAAGCCCAGAACUCGCAUGGGGCUCAUGAGGAUUCUUGAGCUUCGUAUUAAAAAGAGGGUCAAGGAACAGUAUAUAAACGGCAAGUUCCGAGACCUUAUGAGGAAAGUCAUUGCUAAUCCAAAAACUCUCCGGGACGCUUAUGAUUGUAUCAGGGUGAACUCUAACGUUGACUUGACAACGGAUGGGGACAAUUUGCCUUUCGAAUCCAUGGCAGAUGAGCUGUUUAGUGGGAAUUUUGAUGUGAACGCCAAUACGCAUUCCAUAUCAACGAGGGGGCCAGAUAAGGAAGUUCUUGUUUUCCCAAAUGUUAAACUGAAAGUGGUACAAGAGGCCAUUAGGAUAGUAUUGGAAGUUGUCUAUAAACCUCACUUUUCUAAGAUUUCACACAGUGGUCGAAGCGGGAGGGAUCAUAAAUCUGCUUUAAGAUAUAUUAAGAAAGAGAUGAAAGAUACUAACUGGUGGUUCACCUUGCUUCUUCACCAGAAACUGAAUGGCCGGAUCCUUAAUAGGCUUAUCUCUGAUAUGCAGAAUAAGAUAGAAGAUCCAGGCCUUUAUGCAGUAAUCCAAGACAUGUUCGAUGUGCAGGUUCUGAAUUUGGAGUUUGGGGGGUUCCCUAAAGGCCAUGGUCUUCCGCAAGAAGGAGUGUUGUCUCCAAUCUUGAUGAAUAUUUAUCUUGAUAUAUUUGAUCGUGAAAUUUACAGGAUGUCGAUGAAUUAUGAAGCUCUUGAUCCAAAAUUGGCUACCGAGGAUGAUGGAACACACUCAAACCUGCGUAACUGGAUUAGGAGACAGAUGAAUGGCAGUAUUGCAAAAGAAUGCACUACUGUGAAGAGCCCUAUCAUCAGAAUACAUUGUUGCCGCUUCUUGGAUGAAAUUUUUGUUGCCAUUUCAGGCUCCAAGGACAUUGCUCUUUCAUGCAAGUCUGACAUCGAGAAUUACUUGAAGAAUUCUCUACACAUAGAGCUUGAUCACACAAAUGUUAUGCCAUGUGAUGGUCCCCAUAGUGUCCGAUUUCUUGGAACUUUGAUUAAAAGAAGUCUGAAAGAGAACCCAACAGUAAGAGCUGUCCACAAGUUGAAGGAAAAAGUAAAGCUGUUUGCUUCACAGAAACAAGAGGCUUGGGAUGCUGGGACUGUUAGAAUAGGAAAGAAAUGUCUAGCUCAUGGGCUGAAGAAGGUAAAAGAAUCUGAGAUAAAGCAUCUAGCUGACAAGACCUCGAUUUUAAGCCAAAUUUCCUGUUUCCGUAAAGCUGGUAUGGAAACUGAUCACUGGUACAAACUCCUGCUGAAGGUAUGGAUGCAGAAUAUUAAUGCUAAGUGUGAGCCCAGUGAGGAGUUGAUCUUGUCUAAGCACGUUGUGGAACCAUCCGUUCCACAAGAACUAAGAGACUCCUAUUAUGAUUUCCAGAAGCAUGCCAAAGAAUAUGUUUCAUCAGAGACAACUGCUACUCUUGCUCUUCUGCCUAGUCCUAAUCCACCAGUAUCUCCUUUUAUCACAGAAAUUAAAGCCCCUGUUGAAGCCAUAAAGAAGCGUCUCAUAAGAUAUGGAUUAACAAAUGCUGAUGGAUUCCCUCAAAUGUGUCAUAUUCUAAUUUUACAGGAUGAUGAUCAUAUCAUUCAUUGGUUUUCAGGAAUUGUUGGCCGGUGGCUUAGAUGGUAUAAUGAGUGUGACAACUUUAAUGAGGUUAAGCUUAUUAUAUCUGGUCAAGUAAGGAUGUCCUGCAUCCGAACACUGGCUGCAAAAUAUAGAAUACAUGAGAUUGAAAUAGAGAAAAGGUUUGAUUCCCUACUCAGCAGAAUUCCUUCCACCCAAGAGGUAGAACAGGAGAUAACUGAUGAAGCUCUUAGUAAUGACGACACCUUGUUCAACGGAAUGUCUAAUAACAGUCUAUGUUUGUUAUCUUUGGCAAGAAUGGUAAGCCAGUCGCGACCUUGCAACUGCUUUGUCAUGGGAUGCACGGUUGCUGCUCCUUGUGUUUAUACUCUUCAUGUGAUGGAAAGACAGAAAUUCCCAGGCUGGAAGACUGGAUUUUCAAGCUCCAUCCAUCCUUGCCUAAAUAGGAGGCGAAUUGGGCUGUGCAGGCAGCAUUUAAAAGAUUUGUUUCUUGGUAAUACAUCACUUCAAUCUAUUAAUUUUGGUGCUUGGAGGUGAAAAUCCCGGUAUAGUUUCUUCUUAAUCAGUGGAGUCCCCAGCCUAUAAACAGCCCAAUGCUUGAGAAAGGUCUUUAACAUACGCUCUAGCGUGAAGACUACAGUAAUUCUUCCUAACUAAAGCAGAACUGCAGUAGAUGGAUGACAGAUUGUUCAUGCUAUAUAGUAGUUGGACAUGUUAACUAUAAGAGCUCUGAGCAAAAUUCUUGGCAUGCUUGAAACCCCUGGAAUUUUUCACCCUUUCUUCUUCUAACGUGCAACUUUGUCUUGGAGACCUUAUGUCAUACUAUUUAGGAUUGAAGAAGGCAUGGUAAAUACAAAGAGUAGUGCUUUUCAGAGGUUGAUAGGUACGGGAACGUAGAAGGAGCAUGAUACAACGGAGGUAGCCAGCCAAAGUGGAUCCAGACAGUCAGACACUGUUUUCCAGCUCAAGACUGUCAUGCACGGAUAGAGUCAUACAAGACUGUCAUGCCUUUGUAUGAAGUUUCUACAUGUCAAAAAUUUGCCUGAUCAGCUGAUGUUGUUGACGUUAAUCAUUUCAAGUACAAGGUGAAUGUCCGCCACCUCCCCAUCGAUCAAAUUUUAUUCGCAUUCAAGCUGCUGAAAGUGGAAUUGCUUCAUGAAUAACGUGGUGGAUAGAUACCGAAGAAAGAGGAAAAGUCUAUAAGUAAACUUGGGCACCCUCUGUUACUUAUCUAAGGCGCUUCCAUAGUACCUGAUAAUAGUUAUCAAAGUAGCCAUUUCUAGAAUGUGAGUACUAUGCAUGUUCUACUUAUUCCACUUUAAAUGUAAUAUCAUGCCACAAUAUGGAGAUCCGGAACUUAAAAAACAGAGACACAUAAUUCCGGCAAAUAUGUGGUCGUUCGGUGCCAUGCUUCCCGUUCGU